AUGUCUGGCAGCAUUGCAAGUAGUCCGCGCGCUGCCGCAGCCCGCACGAAACUCAAGUCGAUGGCUCGAUGGUGCGGCAAGCACCUCAACUUCUUCCGAGUCCACGUUCUCGUCUUCACCUUCACACCCCUCAUCGCUGCCGCUAUCUUCUACGCUUGCAAUGGCGAGACCCACGUCAACUUCAUCGACUGCCUCUUUGUCUGCGUCUCUGCUAUGACCGUCACCGGUCUCGUCACAAUCAACAUCAGUACUACCAAUGGUGGUCAGCAGGCCAUCCUCUUCUUCCUCAUGUGCAUUGGCAACAUCUCGGCCGUCAGUAUCACCAUGAUCUGGAUUCGUAGAAGCUUCUUCCGUAACAAGUUCGACAACGUCGUUCGUCGAAGCGCCAAGGUGCGUAAGCGUAUGCACGAUGUAGAGGAACAGCAACGUAGAGAGCGAAGGCACAACAUUGCCAAGAUCCAGCGAAUGGUCGGUCUCAAGUCUUCCGACAGUGCCACUACAAUCAGUGAUACUGAGGACCCGGAUCGCACAGAUAGCAGCUCCAGUGGCCACCAGAUCGAGCUUCGUCGUAUCACUGAAAAGAACAAACAAAAGAAUAGGCGCAAACGCAAACCCAUCCGUGCCGACAUGAUCCGUCGUAUUGAUGGUCCUGCUUUCCUCAUCAACUCGGCUGGUGAUCCUUCCAAUACAGUGCCAGAGCCUGCUUCGCUUCUGCAGCUUGGCGAGCGACCUUCACCCAUCACGCGCGGGCCAGAGCAGAUCACCUCAGCUCAGCCUAGUGGAGGUGGCAUCCUUACAUCCGAUCGAGAUAGACAGGCCUCCAUAACAUCUGGCCAUCAACAACAGCAACAGCAGCAGCCUAGCAUUCGCAUUUCGCUUCCUCGUGACGCUGUGAACGCUACCGACAGUGCCAGCACCAAAGACGAGGGCGCAAAUCGAGUCGACUCGCCUCCACGCCGUAGACUUUCCAUUCCACGAUUCAGCGGACGUCAUGAUCCUGAUGCCGACUCGGAUGAAGGGCCAAGUCGACAAGAGACGCCACGCUCACCACUCCUCCGUGCACGUUUCCCGGACGACCAGGUCGCCGGACGUACAAGACGAGGUUCCGAUCCAGCCAACUCACGUCUCCGUCGUGGCUCCGACACCGGUCUCAUGCAUACAUACGCCAGGCACGAGAAGCCUGAUAUGUUUCCACGUGCUCAGACCGUCGAGUUUGCGGUGCCGAGUGAUUACCGUACAUCUAUCGACCCGCAGUAUCGCGAAUCGGGCUAUACAACCGGGCAGAACUUGAACAACAGCAGUGGCCUACGGCAAAGGACCACCACUUUCAACCGCACUGUCACAGGUCGAUCCUACCUUUCUGGACGUCUUAGCAACGGCAGAUCAGGAGUUCCGCUUGCCCGUACUCAGACCUCAUCCAAGCAGCGCGGUCUUGGUGGUUUCCCGACUCCGUUCGAGAUUGCUGGCAUGGCUAUCAAGAGAGUCGUGCCUGGUGUGCAAGAACGAUUGCAGAGAACCAUGACGAUGCCUCGAACUGCCACCUUCACUUCGAUUCGCUCGGGUGGCGGUCUUACAGAAAGUGGCGCCAAACCAGCACCCUAUCUUACCUUUGACGCUACCGUUACGGGUAACUCGCGCUUCCAUGCGCUCACAGAGGCACAGAGGGACGAGCUGGGAGGUGUCGAGUACCGUGCGCUCGACCUGCUUGCCAAGUUGGUACCUGCGUAUUGGCUCUUUGUCAACUUGUUCAUGAUCACCAUGGUCGCUCCUUACAUUAACAGCAGAGCUUUCGCAAAGUAUCAAACAGUCUUCGAGGCGCAAGAAGCCGAUAGGCCCAACUACACCUGGUUCUGGUUCUUCCAAGUCAUUUCGGCUUACUCGAACACAGGCAUGUCGUUGAUUGAUACAAGUAUGACUCAGUUGCAAGAUGCGUACUUCCUGCUCAUCCCCAUGGGCUUUUUGAUUUUGGCUGGAAACACUGCUUUCCCUAUCCUGUUGCGAUUCUUCAUCUGGGUUAUAUCACUCUGUGUCCCUUCAGGUUCGAGGAUUUACGAGACGCUUAGGUUCUUGCUCGACCAUCCACGUCGAUGCUUUGUCUACUUGUUUCCUUCGAGUCAGACGUGGUUUUUGUUCUUUGUGUUGCUGCUGUUUAACUCGAUUGAUUGGCUGGCGUUUUUGAUUCUGGAUAUUGGCAAUCCGGUUAUUGAAUCCAUUACGCUCAGCAUUCGAGUCUUUGACGGUCUCUUUCAGUCGAUCGCAGUACGAGCUGCAGGAUUCACGGUAGUCAGCUUGUUGGUGCUUGCACCCUCUGUUCAGUUCCUUUACGUGAUCAUGAUGUAUCUCUCCGCCUUCCCACUUGCACUUUCCGUUCGAAGCACCAACGUUUACGAAGAGAAAUCGCUCGGAGUCUACGUCGAUGAAGGACCAGUGGAAGCUGGUGCACCACCUGAAGAAUCCAACAAUGCCAAAGUAUGGGGUUCCUUCCUUGCCUCUCAUGCCCGUCGACAGUUGGCGUUCGAUAUCUGGUGGUUAGGCUUUGCGCUUUGGCUUAUUUGCAUUAUCGAGCGUAACGAUAUUCAGGAUCCCAACUCGAACGGAUGGUUUACUAUCUUUAGCUGUUUGUUCGAGCUGACCUCGGCAUAUGGUACGGUUGGCUUGAGUUUGGGUACGCCUUUUGAUAAUUUUAGUCUGUCGGGCAGGUUUCAUACGUUGUCCAAGUUGGUGGUUUGUGCGGUGAUGAUUAGGGGUAGACAUAGAGGAUUGCCUGUUGCGAUUGAUAGAGCUAUUCUUUUACCGAGUGAAUUGGAGGCGGAGGAUAUGUUGGAUGAUGAUCUAUCGCAUAUGGGUGAUACGUGGGAGAGGAAUGGUGCGUAUCUGGCGGAACCUACGAUUGCGCCUAGACCGUCGAUGAAUUCUGUGGGUAGGGAGAGGAGUGGUAGUAAUGCAAGUGGUGGUGCAGGUGGAGCAGCAGGCGAUGAUCCGGAUAUGUCGAGUGUUAAACGCUCUGCGUCUGGAGUUUCGUUUGCGAUCAACCCGCAGACUAAGAUGAGGAGGAGCAGUAUACCUCCCACAGCUAUGGAGUCAUUGUCGCCUAAGCAGUUGGCAGAAGCUGCUGCGGGGGGUGAGUCAAGGAGGAGCUUUACACUCACCCUUCCGCCAAGCAGUUUGCCUCUGCAUCAUGGUGGGGCAGCACACGUUGCACCGAGUACAGGAGUGUUGGGGCCUAUGAUGGCCUCAUCGCCGGGACAUUUGACUGCGAUAGACGAGAUGCCUAGUGGAUUUGGAGCUACGCCGUUGAGCGAGAGUAGAGCCGAGUCGCCAGCAGGGCAGGGAGAUCAGCCGCCUAGUUUUCAUACCAACGCAAGCAGCGGCAGUCCGAACCCAAGUAGUGAUGGAAGCGUGAAGGGGAAGGAGAAGGCAGCGGUGGAGGAAGCGGAGGAGAAACAGAAGAAGGAGAGCGAGAUGGCUCAGCGUGCUGGAUGCUCUACUCCUAGUGGCAGGCAUGAUCCUCUCACUCUUGAGCCGUAG